UGCCGUCGUGUUGUGGCCUCCAGUAAUAAAUCCAUGUCAAAACCUGAUCUCCUUAGCCUGUUCUGCAUAAAACACCUGGAUUUCCAAUUCAUGCUGCGGUGCAAGCCUUGAGCUAAGAGUCAGAAGCGCCUGGUUUCUGGAAAACACCCCCUCUGUGGGUGAACACUGGUGAAAAUGGGGGAUACAAGAGACAUCUGUCCUCACCUGGAUUCCAUAGGAGAGGUGACCAGGGAUGAUCUGCUGCUCAAAUCCAAGGGAACUUGCCAGUCUUGUGGAGCUGUGGGACCAAAUCUCUGGGCUUGUCUUCAGAUUGGUUGUCCUUAUGUUGGUUGUGGGGAGUCCUUUGCUGACCACAGCACACUUCAUGCACAGGCCAAAAAGCACAACCUGACGGUGAAUCUGACCACUUUCCGCAUCUGGUGUUAUGCUUGUGAAAAGGAGGUGUUCUUGGACCAGCGGCUGGCAGCGCACACGCAGUCACCACCAGUAAAGUUCUCUGAACCGGAUUCUCCACUGCCUGCUCACCCUUUGAAAGCUGUUCCGAUUGCAGUGGCUGAUGAAGGUGAAUCUGAAUCUGAGGAUGAUGAUUUGAAACCAAGAGGCCUUACUGGAAUGAAAAAUCUUGGGAACUCCUGCUACAUGAAUGCAGCACUUCAGGCUCUCUCUAACUGCCCACCUCUCACACAGUUUUUUCUGGAAUGUGGUGGACUGGUCCGUACAGAUAAGAAACCAGCACUGUGCAAAAGUUACCAAAAGCUGGUGUCUGAGGUUUGGCAUAAGAAACGCCCAAGUUAUGUUGUUCCAAGCAGUCUGUCCCAUGGAAUUAAGCUCGUCAACCCCAUGUUCCGAGGCUACGCACAGCAGGACACUCAGGAGUUCCUGCGGUGCCUGAUGGAUCAGCUUCACGAAGAACUGAAGGAACCAAUUGUUGCAGAGACGAGGGAUUUGGAUAUCAGUGACCAGGAUGACAAGCGAGAGGGAGACCGAAGUCCUUCGGAGGAUGAGUUCCUUUCCUGUGACUCAAGCAGCGACAGAGGUGAAGAUGGUCAAAGCCGCACCACAAGCGGCAUGGGCAGCAGCUCCCUGGCAGAGACAGAGCUGUUGAUCCAGGACGAAGCAGGGAGGGGGAUCUCCGAGAAGGAGAGGAUGAAGGACAGGAAGUUCUCCUGUGGCCAUCGGCGCAGCAACUCGGAGCAGGUGGAUGAGGAUGCAGAUGUGGAUACUACUAUGAUGCCAGUUGAUGGUAGAGCCUCACCUGAGAUGCUGCCAGCUCCCCGUCCUGCCAGCCCGUGUAGGACACCAGAACCUGACAACGAUGCCUACGUGCGCUGCUCCUCGCGCCCCUGCAGUCCUGUCCAUCAUGAGAUGCACUCCAAGCUCUCUGGCAGUCCUCCUCGCUCCAGUCCUGCCAGGCUCGGACCUUCCUACGUACUCAAGAAAGCCCAGGUGCAGGCUUCUGGGAAAAAGAAGAAAGAACUUCGUUACCGUAGUGUGAUUUCUGACAUCUUCGAUGGCUCCAUUCUCAGCCUGGUGCAGUGCCUCACCUGUGACAGAGUUUCUACAACAGUGGAGACAUUCCAGGACCUGUCACUUCCAAUCCCAGGGAAGGAGGACUUGGCCAAGCUGCACUCAGCCAUCUACCAAAAUGUGCCAGCUAAGACAGGGGCAUGUGGGGACAACUAUGCCUCACAAGGCUGGAUUGCUUUCAUCAUGGAGUACAUCCGGAGAUUUGUGGUGUCCUGUAUCCCUAGCUGGUUUUGGGGUCCCGUUGUGACGCUGGAGGAUUGUCUUGCUGCCUUUUUUGCAGCGGAUGAGUUGAAGGGGGACAACAUGUACAGUUGUGAACGGUGUAAAAAACUGCGGAAUGGAGUGAAGUACUGCAAAGUCCUCCGGCUACCAGAGAUUCUUUGCAUCCACUUGAAACGGUUCCGGCAUGAGGUGAUGUAUUCCUUCAAGAUCAACAGUCAUGUCUCCUUCCCCUUGGAAGGGCUGGAUCUGCGACCUUUCCUAGCCAAGGAAUGUGUCUCCCAGAUCACCACCUACGAUCUCCUGUCAGUCAUCUGCCACCAUGGCACAGCAGGCAGUGGGCAUUACAUAGCCUACUGCCAGAACGUGAUCAACGGCCAGUGGUACGAGUUUGAUGACCAGUAUGUCACUGAAGUCCAUGAGACCGUGGUACAGAAUGCAGAAGCCUAUGUCUUGUUCUACAGGAAAAGCAGUGAAGAAGCUGUGCGAGAGCGUCAGAAGGUUGUGUCCCUUGCCAGCAUGAAGGAGCACAGUUUACUCCAGUUCUACAUCUCUCGAGAGUGGCUCAAUAAAUUCAACACCUUUGCUGAGCCUGGUCCCAUCACCAAUCACACCUUCCUGUGCUCUCACGGAGGGAUCCCUCCUAAUAAAUACCACUACAUCGAUGACCUGGUUGUGAUUCUGCCCCAGAACGUGUGGGAAUAUCUCUACAACAGGUUCGGGGGUGGCCCUGCUGUGAACCAUCUGUACGUGUGCUCGAUUUGCCAAGUGGAGAUUGAAGCACUUGCCAAACGCAGAAGAAUUGAAAUAGACACCUUCAUCAAGCUGAACAAGGCUUUCCAGGCAGAGGAGUCUCCAAGUGUCAUCUACUGUAUCAGCAUGCAGUGGUUCCGUGAGUGGGAAGCCUUUGUCAAGGGGAAGGAUAACGAGCCUCCUGGACCAAUUGACAACAGCAAGAUUGCACUCACAAAAGCAGGUGGCCACGUGCAAGUUAAGCAGGGCGCUGACUACGGGCAGAUUUCUGAGGAGACAUGGAAUUAUUUAAGCACACUGUAUGGAGGGGGCCCAGAGAUUGCUAUCAGACAGAAUGUGGCCCAGGUCCAAGAACUGGAAAACCUCCAUGGGGAGCAGAAGAUUGAAGCGGAGACGCGGGCUGUGUGAUCUAUGCGGGACGGGGCAGGGAAGGUACGGCACAGAUACAGCCAGGUUGGACAGGGCUUUUGAGCAGCCUGGUCUAGCGGGAGGUGUCCCUGCCCAGGGCAGGGGGGUUGGAACUGGAUGAUCUUUAAGGUCCCUUCCAACCCAAACCAUUCUAUGAUUCUGUACGUCCAUGUGGGGAUAGAACGCUGGGGAAUCCUGAGGAGUCAAACCUCUUCCGCUGUCCGGUACGUGAAGGUGUGUGCAGCUCCCACCACCACUUCUGGGGAAGGCAGGUCUCCUCCGCUGUCCUUUCAUGUGGCUUUGAAUAUAGAGGUGGUGCUGGGCAAGGCUGGGAGAAAAGCAGCUUCCCUGUAACUCAUCUCUGGGUAACGCGGUGGUAGGAGACGGCAGCCCAACAUCACCAGGAUGUGUUUCAACCCGAGCCCUCUCCCUUCUGUUUGCUUACAAGGACGCAGAGCUCCCAGCUUGCCCCCAGUGAACUGAGUCUCUGCUCCUUUGCAGGUUUUGCUUUUGGCACUUUUUAAUUCAAAUGUAUAGAAGAUAAUGAAACAUUAUUUAUGUUUCCAGCAGGCAGUAUUGCAACUAGAGAAACCUGUUAUUUGAUACUGACUGAGCCACAGGGUCUUCCGGUAGUUCUGUGCUGGUGGUGCGCAGCUGUCACAACUUCCCUCUUUUGCUCUUUAUCUAAUUCUUGCAAAUUCAGUUACAAUCGACUGAACAAUUUUGAAAGAGGCCAUUUCUUUCUUCCCGAGCCCCUAAAGCCACCCCUUCAUUAUUUUUUUUCCCUCCUUGUACAUGAUUUCAUGCAUUCAGCACGUUUUCAGAGAAGAAAGCUGACUUCCCAAUGUACAGUUUCCACUAAAGCUCCUGGCAAGCUCUGUAGGCUGCAGCCUUCCAGGUGUUCAGCUUCCCAGGGCGGCAGAGGAGCAGCUUAAACUCAGAGCUGGCAACGGGCAGGCUGCGGUGGAGCAGCACAGCCCCAAUGCGGGCUUUAGGGUUCCUGGUUCAUACCCCAUCCUCAGACUGACCCUGCUGUAAGCCCAGGCCCAUCCCCACACCUAUCACCAGAAGCAAAGGGGACAAGAAGGAUGAGCAGGAGCCCCUUAGUUCACACGGAGCCUGCUCAGGUGGGUCACCCUUGGCCAGGGCGGCGAUUCCAUGCUGGCAAAGGGCCCUGGCUGGGCAGAGCCCAGGCUGUUGGAGCAGCUUCUGAGGAAGGAGCUGUUUUCUGCAAACAAGCCCCCACCUGUGUGCUGAGCUCAUUCCAACAUCUCAACACGGAUGUCGUUUGUGUACACAGUGGCUCAUUUAAUGAACAGAAAUAACUUGCUCCCCAUUACUGCUGCUAACGCAGCUGCGGAGCAUCCGAUAGCAGGCAGGGAGAGAGGCAUGACAAUAAUGAAGGCUAAACACUACUUUUCGCAGCAGGGCUGUUCUUAAAAGUUCUUUGUUCACCUCGUAAGCCAGAAAGGCAACAGUGGAAUCUUUGCAGUUCAGUGGAAGCAGAGCGGGGCAGAGGCGGCCUUCCCUGGGCUGAGGAACCAAGCGGUCUGAUGACAGUGCUGGAACCUCAGUGAUUCCACAGCAUCAAGUCUGGCCUUGGUGGUACCAGUGGAGCCGGGAGCUCCUGAGCGCUUCAUGUAAGAGAGGGGGAGAGGCCGCUCUUUGACUUGGAAAGUGGAAAAGGGCAUAGGACAGAAUUUGGAAAGAAAAAUGCGGCCUUUGGAUUAUUUUUUUUGUUUUAGACCAGAUGUUUGCUGCAAACAGCAACAACUUCUUUUAAAUAGCGUCUGUAAAUGGUUCAGCAUGUUAAUUUUACUCUCCUGUUUAUUGGAUGUUGUACGUACCCAGCCAGGCCUGAGGGGAGGUCAGACAACGAGCUACUGUUGAGAUUUCUCAUUGUUUUAAGCUGUCUUCAUUAGCGCUGCAGCCGCCCUCUGAUCCGCUGCAGAGCCUGUAGGGCUGCAUGUCUGUGUUGUCCGUGCAGUUCGGAGAAUGCUGUACAGAUUGUAGUAACACUCCUGUGCUUACGUGUUAUACUUUGUGCUGAAAAUGUGUUACAAUAAAUACAUGUGCAUUCAACAA